UCGGAAGGCGGUUUGUCCAGGAGGUCGAAAUAUAAAAAUGUUUGGCAAGUAAGAAAACUUGACAAACUAGGUUCACAGAAUUGCCACCACAACAUGGCGAACAUGGCGCAUGUGGGGACGUUUAAAGAGCGCAUUUAGACUGAGGUUCACGCCGAGGAGAGUAAAGAAAAAGAAGGUCAUCAUGGAGGACCUUCACAGUGAAAUUCAUCAAAACAGUGGGAUCAAAACUAAAGCAUCUGAAGGAGCAGAGGCUUUGGACAACAGGACUCUCUCUACUCAGGCCUGGAGCAACAAUUUAAAUGAACCUGCAAGACAAGCCCUUUCCACAGAUGUGGCAGUCGAAGACUCUGCCCUGUUCACCCCACUCUCAGAACCUUCACUGGGUUUAAUUUUCAAAAUGGCAACUUCUUUGCUACAACCUCUCUGCCUUGGAGGCAGUCCAGUAGUGCUGCCUGUUCAUCUGCAGGUAGCGGGGGGAGCAGACCCCCAGGUUGGUCAGACAGUAGCCUCACCAGUCAUUGCACCCAGUCCAGCCUCCCUCUCUUUACCACUUAUCUUGGAUCAGCCAGGUUUGCAAUGUUUAAGCUCCCAACUUCUCCUCCAGAGCUCAUGUCUGAUCCCAGAACAGCAGUAUCUGUCAGGAGCUGAGCAGAACCAUGGACCAUCUCAGAACCUAUCUGUGCCGUUGAGUCAACCUCAGCAUGGUGAAGAGAAAUCAGAUAUAUUGUCUCAACCCUCAGACAAUUCUGCUUUGCACUGUUCUAAAUUCACAACAGUUUUGCAAGAACCGUUUCAUUUUCUAAGAAAUUAUGGUUCCUCACCUUGUCAAGGGACCAGAUCAGUCCCAUCAAAUCCCUUCUUACCCCAAGAAUCCCCUCUGCCAUACCUCUAUACUGGGUCACCACUGGUCUCCCUUGUUCCUCCUGCCACCUUGCUAGUGCCUUAUCCACUCAUUGUCCCUUUGCCAGUGCCCCUACCUAUACCGAUCCCAAUCCCAAUCCCGGUCUCAUUUCCAGACUCCAAAGCUCUCUCUAGUUCCCCAAGUGCAGCCUAUAGUACAAAAAAGAACAAAAGCACUCAGACUUCAAAAGAUGCCUUUGGCAUUCCCACGGUGACCCACAGCACAAAGUCUGACUGUCGCUGCCUGCAGUUACCAAGGCUGCCUCUCCCUUCAAUUUCCCAGCAAGAAGUGCUUGACCUUAGAAUUAAGGUCACUCCAAUUCAAACCAAGCAAGAAGUUCAGUUUCCUCUUCCGCAAGACUCUGCUUUGGACCUGUCGGUAGCGAACAACUCAUACUUUAAGUCAUGCGCUGGCAGUAAGCUGAAAUAUUACAGGAAUAAUUCAGCAAACGAAGACCUGACAGAGCGAAUCAUUCAUCCUAUAAAGUAUUCACGAAGACAUGAGCCCAAUCACUUGAACAGUCACUCUGAUAUAGACUUUGGCACUCAGUACAAAUGGACAAAGGAACGGUACUUUUCUGAAAACACAGCAAAGUCUGCAGGCCAGAAUAGCAGAGUUAUAGGCCCACUGCAGACGCCUGCUGUCUUCUGUGAGAAAUUAGUAAGGCAGCCACAGGAACACAUAUUAAAGAACAGAGUGGUCAAGCUAAAGAGAAUGACCUCUCAAAGUAUGAAUAUUCACCCGGUCAAGAAACAGCAUGUGGCAACAUUUCGUCCUACCAAAUAGACAUAUUUCUGAUUCUUAUUACAACAUACUACAGUUCAAUUAUAGGAAUCCUGUUCAGAAUUUCAGUGUAAUUUCCUGAGUCAGAAUUGUUCACAACGGU